AUGUCUGCCGGAUGUUGCACGUCAGAGGCAGCCACCAAUCACUACAGUAAAAAGGGAGGUCCUCGCAUUCUUCUCGAGCAAUACCUCGGUAGCCCUCUGAAUGUCACGGAAAAGCUGCACCAAAGCGCUGCCAACGAUGGUCAAUCUUCCCAGACCACCAAAAUGAAGGAAACAACGCAAUUUCUUGACGACUGGCAAGCCUCCUGGGAUGCAGUGUCCAAAGCAAAGUCAACUAAGAAGUAA